GGGUCUUUGUGGUAGAGGACUUCCGCUUUGGCAGGAGGCCCAGCCCGACUAGGGUUCUGUCCACCUUCCAGGUCCUUCGAACUUCCACGCAUUCCUACUACUCCUGGCUCCCGCGACCUGACGCCGCCACUCCUGACUUCGCCAUCCGGCGAUCACCAGAGCCCUAGCUCCGGCGUCUCUAGCGAUCCCCAAAACCCACUCCGCCGCAUUUCUGCCGACUUGGCCGGAUUGGUCGCUUAUUGAGAUGGCUACGCCACUUAUAGCGGGACUUGCAAUUGCAGCAACUGCCCUUGCUGGCCGAUAUGGCGUCCAAGCUUGGCAAGCUUAUAAGGCAAGGCCUAUAGUUCCAAGGAUGCGGAAAUUCUAUGAAGGUGGCUUUCAACCUACAAUGAACCGAAGGGAAGCUGCAUUAAUCCUUGGUGUCAGGGAAACUGCCAACGCAGAGAAGGUAAAAGAGGCGCACAAGAGGGUUAUGGUCGCCAACCAUCCAGAUGCUGGUGGAAGUCAUUACCUUGCGUCAAAGAUUAAUGAGGCGAAGGAUGUGUUGUCAGGGAAAACAAAAGGAGGUGGGUCGGCCUUCUGAUUGUAGAAUUAAGAAUGCACUCUCUGCUAGAAGGAUAAUUUUGUGCCUCUAAAUUUAGCAUUAGAAGAUACUGUAGACCGCAGUUUAGUCUUGGUAUUGCGAAAAUUUCUGGGCAAAGCAUAUUGGGCCUUCUGUGAAGUAGUUAUCCAGUGCUUAUUAUUUAUUAAUACUCUCAGCUGUGCCUGCUUCUAUAAAGAUAUACAUGAUGAAGGU